AUGCCAGGCAUCGUCCUCAUCGGCUUGCCGGUCUCCGUCAUUCUCCUACUCCUCUGGCACACGGACGGCGGCAUCCCCAGCCUCAGAUCGUCAGCUCAGGUGCCAACACCAAUAGACUGGAAGACAGAAUCAUCAGAUUACUACUUUUGGAAGACCGUCACGGUGCACAACCCGGCCCCGCAGCCGCUCCGUCCCCUCCCAACGUCGCCAUCCGUCCGCUUCCCCCAGGUCCAGGCGACUUUCCCCCACGAAUCAAGCGACCACCGCCGCGUUCGUGAAGAGCGUCAACAAACAGUGAAAGCCGCUUUUUCCAAAGCCUGGGCUUCGUACAAGGCGCACGCAUGGCUCUCCGACGAACUCACCCCUGUGUCGGGCUCGCGCCGCAACACCUUCGGCGGCUGGGCCGCCACUCUCGUUGACUCCCUCGACACGCUCUGGAUCAUGGGCAUGAAGGAGGAAUUCGCCGACGCCGUCACCGCUGCCGAGACCAUCAACUUCACGAUGACCGACCUCCAGGAGGUUAACGUCUUUGAGACUACCAUCCGCUACCUGGGCGGCUUCCUCUCCGCCUUUGACCUCAGCAACGACGUGCGCCUUCUUCGCAAGGCUGUCGAGGUCGGCGAGAUGCUCUACAAGGCCUUUGACACACCCAACAGGAUGCCCAUCACGCGCUGGAAGAUUAAAGACGCCAUCGACGGCAAGGAGCAGUCCACGCCGAACGGCGAGCUCGUGGCUGAGAUUGGAUCAUUAUGCAUGGAGUUCACCCGCCUCUCCAUCUUGACCGGCGACCCAAAAUGGUGGGACGCAACGCAGCGAAUCAUGGAAAUCUUUGAGGCGCAGCAGAACAAGACCAAGAUCCCGGGCUUGUUCCCACUCGUCGUCAACCCAGAGAAGAAGAUCUUCUACGAAGGCGACGACUACACCCUUGGCGCAAUGGCAGACUCCCUCUACGAGUAUUUCCCCAAGAUGUCCGCCCUUGUCGGCGGCCGCAGCGAGAUGUACCGCACCAUGUGGGAAACCGCUGUUGAGCCCAUGAUCACCCACAACCUCUUCCGGCCCAUGACGCCGGCAAACGACGACAUCCUCAUUGCGGGCCAGGCGCACGCCCGCGACUCCGGUGUGGAGCUGGAGCCCCAGGGCCAGCACCUCGUCUGCUUCCUCGGCGGCCUCUUUGCGCUCGGCAGCAAGCUCUACGGCCGUGCGUCCGAGAUUGACGUCGCGAGGAAGCUCGUGGACGGGUGCAUCUAUGCUUACAAAGUCUUCCCGCACGGCAUCAUGCCUGAGACGUUCUACAUGGUCCCCUGUCCCUCCAAGGAAGAGUGCGCGUGGGACGAGUCCCUGUGGAAGAAGCACGUCAAGCAGCGCAACGACAAGGGGGAUGACGUCGACCAGAUCAUCAAGGACGAGAAGCUUGUCAAGGGGUUCUCUGAGGUGCCAGACCGGCGGUACAUCCUCCGCCCUGAGGCCAUUGAGAGCGUCUUUGUGAUGUACCGCACCAGCGGCGACGCGGCGCUUCUUGAGUCCGCGUGGGACAUGUUCACGUCCAUCGACAACGCGACGAGCACCGACCUCGCCAACACUGCGGUGUGGGACGUGACGGCGAAUGGAAAGCCGCCGGCGAGCGAUUCCAUGGAGUCGUUUUGGAUGGGCGAGACGCUAAAGUACUUCUACCUCAUCUUCAGCGAGCCGGGACUCGGAUGA